AUGUCUAGCGAUGCCAAUUCAAAAACAGACCGAGAUCUUCUCUCACGAUUGAACGCUCUCAAGCAGUCCACCGUUUCUUUUGACCAAACUAAUUUUGAGCCCCCUUUGUCAGGACCUGCACCACAAGCCGUAAACCCAAACCCAGCUCGCGCUCUUCACACAGAUCUGCUGUCGAGAUGGAAGUCGUUGGGCGGAACAUCUUCUAGCAAUGCGACGGGUGUCAUCGCUGCCCCUGGAGGAAAACCCGAGGAUGAGAAGACAGUGGAGGAACUCUUGGCAGAUCUCGGUGCACCAGAAGAAUGGCAGCCGGACAAGUCUGAGGAAGCUCAAGUGGUAGAUCUCCUUGAGCUAGCAAAGUCGGCGCUUGCCACUGCACCACAGCUAGAGACGAUCCCUGGGGAAGGAGAGGAAUCCAUCUUGACUACAGCACAGCCUGCAAGACUUCCAGCUGUUGACAUCUCUGUGUUUGCACCUGAGCCCGAAUCCGACGUGGAACAACCAGAAAAGCCUCUUCCUGGAAGAACCAAAGAAGCACUCGAAAAAGAAGCCGACGAGCUGCUUGCGAGGAUUCUUGACGAAGUCAAACAUGAACCUCGCGAACAGGAGUCGGACGGAAAAGACGCAUCGGAUGCAGAAGGCUCAGAAGACGCUCCAAUCGAGAACUCUCGUUCAGAAGACCCCAAAACUACAACCACCUCAGCUGAUGUGCAUUUCCCAACAACACCAUCGAAACUCCCUGAACCCAUCGCCUCGGACACCACAGCGACUAGUGAUGACGACGAUUUAGCCUCUCGCUUCGCAGGGCUAUCCCUUCCGUCGGUGCCGACAAUCAUUACCUCUAAAUCCAAAGCCUCCGCUACAAAGUCGACACCAGGGUUUACGGACGAAGACAUCGACACCUGGUGCAUCAUCUGCAGCGACGAUGCGACACUACGGUGUAUAGGCUGUGAUGGUGACUUAUACUGCACGAACUGUUGGAUCGAAGGACAUCGCGGUGAAGAUGCAGGCUUCGAAGAGCGAACCCACAAAGCCGUGCAGUUUGUCAAGGGUGGUGGGAAGAAGAAAGCGCCCAAGCGGAGGACGAUGGUCGGGGCAUGA